AUGAAACAGCUCAAUAAAAGACAGAAUCUACUCACAGAAAAGGAAUUCUUAAACGACUAUCUAUCAGUCCUUCGUGAAGAGGUUAAUGCAAGAUAUAUAAAACUCCAUAAGAAGAUAAAUAAACAGUAUAACAACCUAAAAAAUACUAAGAACGAGGAAUUUCAAAACAAAUUACGACAGAUGAGAAGAAAACACAAAAACGAACUAUCACAGUUAAAAAAGAACUGGGAUAGCGAUAUAGAGAAAAUCAAUUCGACAAUUAAUAAAGAUCUUAAGACAGAACUUACAACACAUCUAUUAAUAUCAAAAGACAUAGAAGAGGAGGAUGAAAGUAGCGAAUUGUCAUUCAAUUUAAGCCAAAAAAUUUAUAUACAAAAGAAAAAUGCAAUAAAUCAAGAGUACAUGAAGAAGUUCCAAGCAUGUUACGCUAGGCAUGUUGAAGAAAAUCAAAAUCUUUUAUCAGAUUUCAAAGCAGACUUAUUAUUAAAGAGAUCGCAAUACAAUGCUGCCAUUACAUCAAUCCUUGAGCAAAGGAAACGUGAUAUAUCUGAUGCUCAAAUCAGGUUUGUCGAAGUCGUUUCAGAAUCAGAUUUUGAUGCGGAAACAAAAAUAAAUCUCAUUGAAGCAUAUACAAAUCUUAGAGAUCAAAUAGAAGAAGCUGUUACAAAGGAUAGAACUUCUAUUACUUAUUCAUUUGGCUUCUAA